AGUAACGCUACUUACGAAACAGACUUAAUAGAGCCGGACAAUACCUCACGAAAACGUCUCCGAUCGGACGAGAACCUUAUCUUAGAGUUAGAGAUAUCCGAUAACGCUAGAGAGUUCUACGAGGAUCUACUAGAUAAAGGCGGAGUUAAUCUCUUUAAGAUCCCCGCGGAUUUCGAUAAAAUAGAAGAGGCCCAGCGGAACCUAUAUAAGAUCUGUACGUAA